ACUGUCCUGUCGGAGUGAAAAAGGGAGGAGCAAAUAUUGAACGAAUGGAUACGUGGACCUUGGCCAGGGCCGCAGCCUUAUCCCUUUUCGUUCUCCAGUUCGUCGGCGGCGUCGCGCAGCCUCUCGUGCCGGCGAUAUUCGCUUUCGGUGACUCGGCAGUGGACGUGGGCAACAAUGACUAUCUCACGGCCGCUUUCAGAUCAGAUUAUCCUCCUUAUGGAAAGGACUUCCCGAGCCAUCAGGCGACAGGAAGGUUCUGCAAUGGAAAACUCGCCACCGACUUCACCGCUGAUACAUUGGGAUUCACCAGCUACGCGCCGCCUUAUCUCAGUCCCCAGGCAUCAGGAAGCAACCUGCUCAUCGGCGCCAACUUCGCAUCGGCGGGCUCCGGUUUCUACGACGGGACCUCCGACGCUUUUAACGCGAUCAGGUUGUCUCAGCAAUUGAAGUACUUCCGGGAGUACCGGUCGAAGCUGGCCGCGGUGGCCGGCGACCAGACGUCCUCCUCCAUAAUCUCCGGCGCUCUCUACUUGCUGAGCACCGGGACCGCCGAUUUCGUCCAGAACUACUACUCCAAUCCCGCCCUCUCCGAGACUCUCUCGCCGGCGCAGUUCUCCUCCCUCCUCGUCGGCAGCUACGCGAUCUUUAUCAGGGAUCUGUACGGAUUAGGAGCUCGCCGGAUUGGGGUGACCAACCUGGCGCCGCUGGGCUGCCUGCCGGCGACCAUUACUCUGUUCGGCAGCGGAAGCGAUGGGUGCGUCAGCCACCUCAACGAGGCCACGCUGGAAUUCAACCGGCAGAUCAACGCGUCGACGGCGUCGCUGGCGAGGCAGCUCCCCGGUCUCAAAAUCGUCGUCUUCGAUCUCUAUCGGCCACUGUAUGACCUCGUCACCAAGCCCGCCGACUUUGGGUUCUUCGAGGCAAGGAAAGCGUGCUGCACCACUGGAACUGUGAAGACGUCGAGAUACUUGUGCAUUCCUCACUCAACCGGAAUGUGUUCAAAUGCAACUGGAUACGUGUUUUGGGACACGGUGCAUCCGACCGACGCGGCUAACCAAGUGAUCUCUGACUCCUUCCUUAGCCAAGGGGGUGACCUUAUUUUUUAGCUAAAAAGUGUGAAUAUAUGUGCAUAGUCAUAAGGUUUGUGUGUUGUAAGUAGCUUAAUUAUUGGUAUGAGUGUGUUACAUUUGAUUUGAUUUGUUCGA